AUGCAAUCGAUCAGCAGCUUCUUGCCGGAGCCUAAGAACGCACCCAAGAGAAGUAUUCCUCAUAGGAGUCAAAAUAAGAAUCAAAUAUUGAUCCCCCUAGAAGCCAAAGAACUCAGCACAGUAAAUUACCAACAGGCAUCAUAUGGGGACUUGAUACCGUUAAGACACACAACAAAAAAUAUUGAUCUUAGCAGACCUUCCGAAGAAGAGAUAGCAAGCUGUACUGAAAGAACGAAACGGGCUUUGGAAAGAAUCAUCAACGAUAAGCUGCAUGCCGCUAACCCAAGCAGCAUUGGUAAGCCAAGUAACGGCCCACAGUUUGUAAAGUAUACACCUGCAUCAUUAGAUGGUAAUGCACAGCAAAGAACCAUAAAGAUUGUUGAAAGACAAAAGGAUCCUAUGCUCCCGUCCAGUGUCAGACACAGAAAAGUGCCCCCCGGUCCUCCUCCACCACCACCACCGGUAUUACAUACGUCAUCCAAGAAAGCUAGCAACGAAGAGCAGAAGAAGUGGCAUAUUCCUCCUGCGGUAUCCAACUGGAAAAAUCCCAAGGGGUUCACAAUUGCUGUGGACAAAAGGAUGGCUGCUAUGGCAGAUGAUCCAGAUAGAACGAAUGUAAACCAAGUGGGAUUUUCCAAUCUUGCAGAGGCGCUAGAAAAAGCAGACAAGUCAGCAAGAGAAAAUAUCAAACUGAGGAAUGAAGUCCAAAAGAAGAUAAAAGAGAAGGAGAGACUAGAGCAGGAAGAAAAAUUAAGAUUGAUGGCUGUCAAGGCCAGGGAAGCACGAUUAGCAAAAUCCCAAAGGGGCAGGGAAAGCACUGACGAUUCCAAGUUGGCAGGAUUGUCAGAGAGAGAAGCCAUCCGGGCAGAAAGACGUCGUAGAGCAGAGAGAGAACUAAAGUUGACCCGAAACCAAGAUGAAUCUCAGAUUGCAGCCUUCACGAAGGAUAGAGACAUUUCUAACGAGGUCGUGCUAGGUCAGAGUAGCAAAGGAACACAGUCCAUGGAAUCACGAUUUGACUCGAGAUUGUUUUUAAAAGCUUCAGGAACGAAUGCCAAGUCAAGUGAGGAUCAGAUCUACAAUGAACCGUUAUUUGCUGCCCAGGAAGUCAUCUCCUCUAUAUAUCGGCCCAAACAACUAGAGACAUUACAGGAUGAUGUUAACUCUGACGAGGAACUAAGGAAAAUAAACAAAAAUGCCAAGUUUGAAGUUUUGGGAAAGGCAAAACUUGGGUUUAGUGGCAGUGAUGGUUUACAGCCAUCAACUGGCGGGCCGAUUAGGUUUGAAAAGGAAUCUGGUAAGCGACCAGCCUCAGAAGACGAAGUUCAGGAUAAACACUCUGAGGAGGCCUACAAGCGUACCAAACAAUAA